CUCUCUAUCAUAAACAUUAGCAACAUUGAACGAAGAAAGUGAGAAGUAAAGAAAAAUGUCAGGAUCGACGAUGGAGCCGCACGACAAGAUGAGGGCGCGCGACGUGAGCAAAGUGGCGAGAGGCGAGCAAGCCCCUCGCCCCCCUCAGCGCACCCCCAACGUCUCGCGCCCCCCGCCCCCUUCCUCCACCACAACCCCUGAGGAGAAGGAGGCAGAGAGCACGUCCAGCCAGAGGCGGCGUUGCUACGAGACAUACCACGAGUACCAGAGGUGCGUGGAGGAAAAGGGCGGUGGCGCGGAAGCUUGCAAGAAACUGGCUGACCACUAUAAAUCAACCUGUCCUGAUUGGAUUGGGAGCUGGAGUAUUAAGUAAAAGUAUUGGCGGACGAAUCGAAAAGGAAAUUAAUGUCUCGUAAUGAGGGAUGGAGGGAGUAAUUAGUAGCGUUGGUGUUGCCUCAAAAAUUAGCUUCACCUCCUUCAUGUUAGUAAUACAUAUGUGUUGGGGUGCAAUCAAAUGUCCCUACUUCUCUAUCUUUUCAGUUUAUUAGUUUCCUGGUAUAUAUAUUAUCAAGAGUGGCAAGUCGACUUAAAUUUUGAA